AUGGAGCACGCGACGUACUCCAAGCCCAGGUUUCAGACCGCGUCGUCGUCCAUGGAGACGCUGCUCGAUGUUGUCGACGACGACGUUGGCGGCAACGAGGCUGAGACCGACAACUCCAGCAGGACCAUGGCCGAGCUUCUCCUUGACGACCAAGUAUCGGCUGUGGUGCAGCGUCUGACCUUGAAAAGAGUCACCGACGACGACCUCGUAGCUUUGUACGAGGGGUGGACCAUCUUGUCGCUUGCGGCUGCCGAGGGCCACGAGCGCAUUGUGCAGCUGAUCUUGGAGACGACGCCGUACCGAAAAAUCCCUGAGUAUGCAACCGACCCGAUGAUUCAAGCUGUGAGUCGGGAUCAAGUGAGCAUCGUUCAACUGCUGUGGACAGCGAUACCUGGUCAAGUUGACGUCAAGGACGGCGAGGCUUCGCUCCUGCACAUUGCAGCUCGUGAGUACGCCCACACUGUGCUGCAAUGGCUUUUGCCGCGCUUCCCGACUGUCGAUCCGAUUGACGGAGAAGGCCAGACCCCGCUGCAUCUAAGUGUCCAAACCAACAACGACCGCGGCACGAAUCUUCUCUUGCGCGCGGGCGCCAGCGUCAACCUUGCGAAUGCGCUGGGUAACACAGCACUGCACAUGGCGAUCGCGUCCGUCGGCGACGAAGACGACUGUCGCGAGUAUGUCCAGCUGUUCUUAACGGCCAACGCCGACGUCAACAUCAAGAACGGGGACGGAAUGCGCGCGGCCGAGCUCACUGAGGUUGCCGCUAUCCAACAUCUCUUGGCGAACGAAGCAGUGUUCCGCGCGCAAUUCCCGUUGCAUUGCAUGGCCCGCGCCAACGACGUCGUCGCCUUCGAUGCGUGGCUGGCCAAACAGCCUGUCGAUGAAGCCCAGCGCAAGGCCAACGUGGCCACUGCACUCUCUGUCCAGGACAUGGAUGGAUUGACAGUGGUCAUGCACGCCACCAAGGCCAUCAACAACACCAAGCCGAAUCAAGUCCUUAACCAGCUCCUCCCCUACUGCUCUCCCGACACCUUGCAGAUUCCAGCGCCGAAUGGAGAGACUGUCCUAGAUCUGCUCUUGCAAGCCAAAGCACUGGAGGGUGUCAUGGUCUGUCUCGACCACGAGCUCGACCCAACGACUCUUCCUGACGCGCUGCUCUACGCCAAGCCUCCUCUUGCAUGCUUUGGCGCUUGCCGAGAGACGCGCCGGUCGGGGGCCAUCAACUACAUCCAAUCGGCGGAAUCCAAAAACUGGAACGAGCUUCAGAGCCUUUUGAAGAGCAACGGUAGCGCCGCGACGAUCAACGAUUGCGACGACAAGGGCUAUGCCGUGCUGCACCACGUCUGCAAGGAAGGAAGCGUCUCCACGCUGCAAGUGCUGCUCCAACAAACUCGUCUCGACAUUAACCUCGAAACCGAGAAUGACGAGACGAUGUCGGCGCUUGCGCUCGCGGCUGCCAACCAACGCAUCAAGUGCGUGCGCCUGCUAUUGCUCGCUGGCGCCGACCUCAAUGUCGAUGAGGACGUGGACGAUCUGGGCACUGGCAAAGACCCACCCGACUAUUACCUCGCACGACUGCCCAACAUCGACGCCGCCAAGAAAUGCAUUCAAUCCAAACAAACCGCCCUGCACGCCGCGAUGCGGGUUCAGCUGCCUGAAGACGUGUUGGACGAUAUCGCCGACAACGUCGAUCUGGACGCGCCCGACGACGCGGGUGAGACGGCGCUCAUGGUCGCGUCCAAGCUCGGUCACCUCCAGAAUGUUCGAUUUCUAAUCGAGAAGGAGGUCGACAUCGAUUGCUGCGAUAAGACAGGACGCUCGGCCUUGAUGCUCGCGGCGGUCGCUGGUCAUGGAGAUGUGGCCGAGUAUCUCGUCAACCAUUUGGCUGAUAUUGUCCUCAUCGACAAGAACGGGGCCACUGUGCUGGACCAGCUUGCGACGUUCUGUCGUGGCCAACCACCUAGCAAGGACGGGUGUCGCGACUCGCCCCAAGCACAGAUCCUCGAGAUGCUGCUCAAGGAGGCACAGACACGAGCGACGUCGCAAGCGUACCGUGACAAGGUCGCUUUGAGCAUGGUCACUCAAACGACCGACGAGGUCUUUGGUGGGGACGGUGCCAAGUUUGGGAACGCUAUUCAGUGCAGCAGCAAACUCGGCCAAACGUUCCUCGACGACUUCAUUACGCUGAGCCGCCACGAAGCAACGUUUUCCAAGCUGGAUGUCCUGUAUGGCUCGUGCGCUGAGAAAGGCGCGCUCGACACCGUUCUCAGCAUGACAUCGACGGACGCCGACGCGGUUUUUGAGACCAAAAAAACAUGCCUCGAGCACAUCGCCUUUCGUCGGCUCCUCGAGAUCAAGUGGGAGCUGUUUGCCCAGCGCAAGUACAUUGAGCAACUGCUGAUGAACGUGCUCCUCCUGUUGACAAUGACCACGUCGUCCGUGCUCUUCACCGACGAGCGGCCCCCGCUUCUCGUGUUGAUCUUUGGUAUCUCGGCCGUGACGCUGGUCGCCGUGGCGUAUGCUGUCGUCCAAGACGUCUCGCUUGUCAUUCCUGACUUGCCUCGGAAAAAAGCGAUGGUCCGACACAGUUUAAUGCUGCUCACGACGGGGCUCACGCUCGCGUGUGUGCUGCCAUUGCUUAUGUUUGCCGAUGCGCUCGGCAUGGAUACGUGGUUCGCGUGCUUCAACAACGGCGUCUUGGGGCUCACGGCCCUGUACUUUGUCGUGAACGAAGCGCAAGAGAUGAAGGCCGACCUCCGCGGGUACUUGGCGUCGACCAUGAACAAGGCGCAGCUGCUCAUUUACCUCCUCAUUGUGACGGUCUUUGUCCCGAUGAAAAUGGAGUGGGUCGCCGUCUCGUUUCAAGUUCAAGUCGGUGUCGGCGGCUUUCUCACGCUUGCGCUUUGGGUCUUAUCCUUGCAGUUUUUGGAGGUCGUGCCGUCAGCGAGCUUUCUCUUGCCGAUGAUGGCCGAUAUUCUCGCCGACAUUUGGAACUUUUCAUCCUCUUUGGCGUCUUUCAAGUCGCUCUUUCGCCGCAAGUCGGACGAAGCAUUUGGGAGCUUGGCGCAGUCGUUCAUGACGACGUACUUUGUCGCAUUUGGCCAAGUCCCCUUGAGCUCCCUCGACGCGUUUAAUGACGCGUCCGAUGUGUACAGCGACAUCAUGUACACGGCAACGGCACUUCUCAUGAUGCUCCACUCGGCGAUUGUGGUUGUCGUCCUUCUCAACGUCCUCCUCGCUAUGAUGAACAAGACAGUCGACGGCGGUCUCAACAAGGCCAAGACGCAAGCGUUGAUCAGCUACGCGCAGUGCAUCUUUCGGAUCGAAGGAGCCAUGGCCCUCGAUGAAAAUGAAACCAAAGCCGUCAUUCACCUCGGAACAAACAAGCGUGGCGACUUGGUUCUCAACCCAAUCUUUGCCGAGCGCAUUUCAAAGGCGCAGCUGGAGCUUUCGGUCGAACAAGCGGACGCAUUGAUGGCGACAGCGAGCCUCCGUGCGGCGUGGUACCAACAGAUGCAGACCCUCGACGCCGUCGUAGACAAAAAGAUGGACUUGGUCCGUGACGGGCUGUUGCACAUUGAUCAUUUUGUCGCGCUCAACAUCAGAGCGGCGUUCGGAGACGAGCUCAAGGCUCUCGAGUCGUCGCGCAAGCAGAUCAAGGACGCGAUCGAGACGGCGCGCCGCAGUCGUGGCGAGUACAAGAACGACAUCCUCGCGCGGCUCCGACGCCGCACGAAGAAGGAGCUUGAGAAGCUCAAGAGGAACAUGACUGGUCUCUGGAAACCCAAAGCGACGGGAAAAGGCUGGGACGACCACGCCAAAGGUGUGCUGCUGUAUGAGCUCACACAACGCUCGUCCAUUGCGGCGCAGUUGGAAGUGACAUCAGACAGUAUCCAAACGGCAGUGAACGACCCAGCCAAGGUCCAGAUCGAGGAGGACGACGAUGACAACGAUGGAGACGACUACUCGGAGGCCGAAGACGACGACGAUGCUCCAGAGAACGGCAUGGCGCAGCUCAAGCGCGAGACGGCGGCGCUCAAGGUCGCCAACGAAGCCCAAGCCAAGCAGCUCGAGACCAUGACGUCCAAACUGGAUGCGGUGACGACCAAGCUCGACGUGAUCGUAGCGCUCUUGGGGCAUCGCGCCGACGCGACCGAGUCAAUGCGUCGUCAGAAUCGUUUUGAUGUCGAUCUUGGAUUCCGUUUGUGUACGAAGGUAUAA